CGCAAAGCUCACGCUACGGUACGCCAUUUGUGUCUAGCAGCAAAAAAGCGCGGACGGUGGAAAUAGUGACAUAAUAAUGGGAUUUUGAUCCUGUUUUGAUGAUACCAAUCAGCUUCAUUGUCUCAAAGCAUAGCAGGAUAUGAAAUGGAUAAAAGACCAAUAUUAGGAGAAGCGGUUGCUGAAAAACAAGUGUCUGAAAUUGACUCCAGUGCUGAAGUGCAGGCUAAUGACGUGGAGAUGAAGGAAACCAAAGGAGAUGAGACAGAUGAAAAAGUCGUAGAGAUGCAGUUGCCAGACUCUGCACCUGAAGAAGGGGACAACCUGUGCACAGUCUGCGGUUUUUCAGCAAAGUGUCCAAGAUCACUGAAGAUUCACUAUACACGAAAGCAUGGAAGAAGCCCAGCUAAAGCCCCCAAACCUUCAGAGCCAAGUCAAACUAUCUCUGAUUCCAGUGUAGCCAAAAUUCAACAGGGAACGUUAAUGGAGACGGAAAAAGAUGUGAAACAAAACCAGAAAUCUGAUAAUGGGGUGAAAUCAGCAGCGAGUGACAAUGGCAUGAAUGUGAAGAGUUUAAAUAAAAAGCAAAAGCUUGCAGACAAACAGCAAACAGAUCAAGAGGAGCCAAGCCAAGAAAGAAGAGUGAGCAAACGAACCCCAAAACCGAAGAUUAUUUAUUCCUGCAACUUCUGUGGGCAAGAGUUUAGGGACAAGUCUCCUCUUGAUGUUCAUGUCCAGAGAUACCAUACCAAAGAUGUCCCAUACACAUUUGAAGAGGAGAACGUGGGUGAACAUGAGGAAUCUGAGGACAUAGGCGACGUUGUUAAACCUACACAAACACGAGUGGCACCCAAACGUGCUCUCAACAGUUUCCAGCUUAAGUGUACAGACUGCGAUUUCAGGGUCAGCACUGCAGCGGUGCUGGAGAGGCACGCUCGUGUCGAACACCCAGACCUGGAGUGGUACCGCUGCAAAUUGUGUAACUUUUUCGCGACCACAUCUGAGUGGAUGGAUGCCCACCUGACCUCGGAGGGCCACUUGCAGCAGCAGAAAGAGAAGGGCGAAGAAUCUUCCUCGUUUGAAGCGUGUGUUGAGAGCGUAAGCAGAGAGUGUGCUGGAGAUGCGGGUGGGAUGGAUCAGGUGACUCCUGAAGAUGAGAUGGCAAUAUUAAAAGAACAGCAAACCGAUGAGGCAGCAGAGGCCACCAUUUCCGUGUUGGUAGAGGAUGAGGAGGCAGAGCUUGAACCUCCCAAAAAGAAAAAAGGAAGACCAAAGCAAGGCUCUACUACCACAUGUGGAUACUGUGGCCUUGUUGUGUCCAACGCCACUAACCUCACUGUUCAUGUUCGCCGAAAACACAGCAAAGAUUAUGGCUACAGCUGCACGCUGUGCAACUACAGCUGUGUGACCAAAGGAGACAUGGAUCGCCACUGUUUAACUAAGAAACAUAUUAAACGAGUACAAGGGGGCGCAAAUAAGAACCCAGCUACUAGUUACAUCAGUCCAGCAUUGCCAGAACCUACAAAUACGCCCGCCUCAAAUACGGUCAAAAAUGAAGAAUCUGACGACACAUUUCCUCAAGAACAAAAAGUAGAAGAAGAGACACGGCCAGAAACACGUCAACAAAAAAGUAAAUACGACUCUGUUAAUGCGUGCAACCUCUGCGAUUUUAUAGCUCAGUCGAUCCCUUCCCUCCAUCUUCAUGUCAAGCGAAAGCACACCAAAGAUUUUGAGUAUGCCUGUUUGGCAUGUGGCUACUAUGCUGUAAGUAGCAGGGAAAUGUAUCGCCAUGCCAGCACAGAGAAGCAUAAACAGAAGAGCCAGAGAUACCAAGGAUGUCAAGGAAACGAAGGACAAAGAGAAAUAGAAGUCCCAUCGAAGGAGAUGGUUGAGCCUCCUGGGGAAAACUCCAACUCUGACUGUGAACGGCCCAACCCCACAGAUGUGUCUGAAUCUCGUUCCAGUGAUGAUCAACUUGUAGAAGUCCAGAAUACACCAGCGCCCUCUGUCGUCUCAGAGUCUGCCAAUGUUGUGGUUAUUGGAGAUGAAAAGGAAGCACCCUCUGCUGGUAGUGAGCUGGAUUCUGAGCCCCAGCAGGCUCCAGCAGAAUUUCAGGAGGAAAAGGGUAAAAAAGCAGAGGACGAACAUUUAAAAGAAGAUUCGAUGAGUGUAGAGACACAGAUGUCCAAAGCUCCUCCCUUUGAUCCCUGUAUUGUGUCUGUCAAGUCGUUUGCUGAGCAGGGGCAUGCACUGCAGGAGAAUAUACCUCAGGAAAAUGAAGGCUCUGUGAUAUGUUUGACUGGAGGUUCACCCUCUGGCUUCCUGUCCCCCAGCUCCUCUUAUGUUAAGAAACUCAAGUCCAAGGAACCAAAGGUUAGGGAAGAUGCCAAAGGAAGCAGUUCCCACAUUCGCUGUGAGGACUGCGGCUUCAUGGCGGACGGUAUCAGCGGCCUCAACGUCCACAUCUCCAUGAAGCACCCGUCCAAAGAGAGGCAUUUCCACUGUUUGGUGUGCGGCAAGUCCUUCUACACCGAGAGCAACCUGCACCAGCACCUGACCAGUGCAGCACACCUGCGCAACGAGCAGAACAGCGUUGAGGAGCUGCCCGAGGGGGGCGCCAGCUUCAAGUGCGUGAAAUGCACAGACCGCUUUGAAUCGGAGCAGGAUUUGUUCUUUCACAUCAAGGAGAAACACGAGGAGCUUCUGAGGGAGGUCAACAAGUACGUGCUGGAGGACACGGAACAGAUCAACCGUGAGCGGGAGGAGAACCAGGGCAGUGUGUGUAAAUACUGCGGCAAGGUGUGCAAGAGCAGCAACUCCAUGGCCUUCCUGGCACACAUUCGCACACACACCGGAUCGAAGCCCUUCAUGUGCAAGAUCUGCAAUUUCGCAACUGCACAGCUGGGAGACGCCAGAAACCACGUAAAGAGACAUCUCGGCAUGCGGGAGUACAAAUGCGACAUAUGUGGAUGGGCCUUUGUGAUGAAGAAGCACCUCAGUACCCACCUGCUGGGAAAACAUGGAGUCGGUCAGCGUAAAGAAAGGAAGUUUGAGUGCGAGUUGUGCGACCGCACCUUUAGUGAAAAAUGGGCCUUGAACAACCACAUGAAACUGCACAGUGGGGAGAAACCGUAUAAGUGCGCCUGGCCAUCCUGUCACUACGCCUUCCUCAACCUGUCAGCCAUGAAGGACCACUACAGGACACACACUGGAGAGAAGUCCUAUCUGUGUGACCUGUGUGGAUUUGCUGGAGGCACGAGACACGCCCUCACCAAACACAGACGCCAGCACACAGGAGAGAGACCCUUCAAGUGUAAGCUGUGCAACUUCGCCUCCACCACGCAGUCCCACCUUUCGCGGCACAAACGUGUUCACACUGGGGAGAAACCGUACCGCUGCCCCUGGUGCGACUACAGAUCCAACUGUGCGGAGAACAUCCGGAAGCACAUCCUUCACACAGGGAAACAUGAGGGCGUAAAGAUGUACAACUGUCCCAAAUGUAACUACGCCACCAACGCUCCCAUGGAGUUCCGCAAUCACCUGAAGGAAAAUCACCCCGAUAUUGAGAAUCCAGACCUUGCCUACUUGCAUGCAGGUAUCGUACACAAGUCCUUUGAGUGUCGUCUGAAAGGCCAGGGGGCUGCAUUCGUGGAAGCAGAGGCUCUGGGCUCUCCUACACACAGGAAGGGCUCCUCUGAUGCAUCCAGCCAGGAAGAAUCUGUCCAGCAGGUCAUCAUCAUCCAGGGCUAUGGAGACGAGGAGGUGGCCAUCGACCAGGCCCUGGAGGAGUCGGCUGCUGCCACCCUACAGACGCUGGCCAUGGCCGGCCAGGUUGCCGAGGUACUCCACAUCACUGAAGAUGGACAAGUCAUUGCCUCAGGCAGGGAGGUGGCAGCUGCAGGGGCCCACCUAGCAGGGGGCAGCACCCAGUACGUGGUCUUGGAGUCCGGGGACGCCAGAAAGGAGCUGCAGGCUGUGGCCAGAGGAGGGAUGGCAGUCACAGCUGCUGCAGGACAAAGUCCAAUUGUUUCUGAGUCGUCCACCGCCCUGGAUGCUUUGCUCAGUGCCGUCAGUGAAAUGGGCCAACAGGAGGAAAUCCAAGGAGAAGCCACCGUCAUUCAUGAGGUGGUGACCCCUGAGGUGGCUGAGGCUACUCAUGCUGCAGUGCAGGAGCAGGUGAAACAAGAGGAAGAGGAGGUGCAGGUCAUCCAGGAGUCCGGCCACGAAAACAUGCAGGAGGUGCUGCAGCUCGCCGCCUCCCAGAUGAUGAAGGAAGGCCUAACACAGGUCAUCGUCAACGAUGAGGGCACCCACUACAUCGUGACAGGGCUGGAUGACUGCACCUUACAGGUGGAGGAGGGGGUGUAUGGAGAGACCGGGGCAGGCGAUGGGGAGGCGCAGCAGGUAGCGCAGCAAACCGGGGAGGAAAUGGUCGUCUAUCUAGAUGAAGAUUCUCAUAACAUUGUCCUGGAAGGUUAGAGGAAUAGAGUUAUUUUUAUCAUUUCAUUUCCCCUGUUCAGCUCUGUUAAAGCCCAAUUUACAUAAAAUAUUAGUUUUUCUGAGUGUCCCCAUUAAUUUUACCCUGUUUGACUAUGUGUGUACAUUACUUCUGUUUUCUAAAAUCUUCAUUUGAGGUAUGUCAAACUCAGGUUCAACAUUAUUUCUUUACAGAAACAGUGAGGGAAAGAGGUUUGGUGCAAAGUGUAAUAACUUGCAAAGCAAACGGGCACCAAUUCUAUAAAAAAAAAAAAAAGAUCUAUGACAUGCAACUACAGGAAAUCAAUAUGUUUGCUUCCUCCUCAAAUAUUUUCUAAAAAUUAAUCAAACAUACUGAGAGUUAAAUUGUUCAUAUGGAUUCAGUUUUCUAGCUUUUUCUUUUCUUCAUGAAAAGUCUUUUUAUUGCCAUCAUAAGUUUAGUUUAGAGUCCUUCAGUAGUACAGCAAGUUUGUCCUUUAUUUCCUUUUUCUAGCAUUUGUACCAUUUUUUUAAAAAUUCUGAUCUUACAUAAUAUAUGUUUAUGUGUAACGAAGUACCACUGUUAAUUUUUCAUUCUAGUUUUGUUUUUGUCAAUCCUUUAGUUUUUGGAAAAGCUCUAAAUAUUAAUGCAAUUUCAUUUCUGACAAUAAAGAUUGAGCCUAAUUUUUAA